GCAACGGCGUAAUUUUUUGCUUUUUUCAAACCUUUUUUUCCCGAACUACUCUCGCGUCUUUGGCUUUGCUUCAUCCCCUUCCUUCGUUCCUUGUCUGAAAAAAUACGUUACCCCAGAAUAGAGAAAACACACGCUACUCUCGGUUCCAAUUUCAAGCUUCAAAGCCACGUUUUCCAUUAUAUCGCUACAAAACAAAACAACCCAACGUCCCAUUAUUUCUUCAAAAACGGAGAAAACAUUGCAAAAAACAUGAUUUCUCCGUUUUCAUUUACACCGCCGCCGCCGCCGCCGCAAAAACCGCGAAGACGGAAAUGUCCGACGUCUCACGCCGUCUAACGCCCACGACGCGCAUACACAUAAUGGCCUUAGACGGCAUCGUUAACGUCAAUUCACUCUUCUCCUUCGCGAUCUUCGUCGGCCUCAAUUGGUACCCCACCACCGACCCCGCCUCCAUGCUUAUCGGCUCCGACAAGGCUUGCGCCGCUGGGGCCGACUCAGCCGAGGGUCUCAUUGCUUUCCACGUGUACUCCUUCAGCUCCUUCCUCUUCUCCAGCCUCGUCGCCCUCGCUCUCAAGCAAGCCAUCAAGAUCAGCCGAGCCGCCGGCCACGACGGUGGCUACGGCUACCACGUCCGUGGCACCAACAUGGGUCAUUUGAACCGGGUCGCUUUGCGGGUCGGGACGUUGGUUUCGGCUUUCGGGUCGGUUUUGGGGUGUGGGUUUUUGAUGAUGGCUCUGGUGGAUUUGGUUCAGAUCAAAUUGGGGAGGUUGGAUUGUGGGAAUUUCUACACUUUGGCUGCAAUUGGUCCUCUGGUGACUUUGGUUCCUCUGGCCCUCGUCAUCUAUGUGUUUCUUGUGCUACACGCUUUUACUCGAUAGAAAAGUAUAAAUCCAUGAAAAGGGAAAUUGAAUUUAUAUUUUUAUCUGUAGAGACAAAUUGUUCAUAUAUGAAUUGAUUAAGGCUUGAAAUUUGGGUUGUCGGGUAGACCAAAAUGAAUUUAUGAAGUCAAUGGAUGUUGCUUCUGUGAAAA